AUGCCGGCGAAAUCGCGAUUCACAAGGCUAGAUGCCUUUGCUAAAACAGUGGAGGAUGCGCGCGUCCGUACCACAUCCGGAGGUGUCAUCACCAUAGCCUCGUUGCUGGUCAUCCUGUGGCUUGUGUGGGGUGAAUGGGCGGAUUACAGGCGGGUGGUUGUUAUGCCCGAAUUGGUGGUUGAUAAAUCAAGAGGCGAGAAGAUGGAGAUUCACCUAAACGUGACCUUCCCUCGUCUUCCCUGUGAGCUCCUGACUCUGGACGUUAUGGAUGUCUCUGGCGAGCAACAGACCGGUGUUGUCCACGGUAUCAACAAGGUGCGCCUUACUUCUGCCGCAGAAGGAGGCCGCGUCAUCGACGUCAAGGCCCUGGAGCUUGCCAAGCACCUCGACCCCGAUUACUGUGGUGAAUGUUACGGCGCGACUGCUCCCGCCGGUGCAAGCAAACCUGGAUGCUGCAACACCUGCGACGAAGUUCGUGAGGCCUACGCACAGCAGCAAUGGGCAUUCGGAAAGGGCGAAAACGUUGAGCAGUGUGAGCUUGAGGGCUACGCGGAGCGCAUCGAUGCGCAACGCCGCGAGGGCUGCCGCCUUGAGGGUGUCCUCCGUGUGAACAAGGUGGUCGGCAACUUCCACAUUGCUCCGGGUCGCAGUUUCACCAGCGGAAACAUGCACGUCCAUGACCUCGCGAACUUCUUCGACGCCGAUCUACCUGAUGCUGAGAAACACACCAUGACUCACGAGAUCCACCAGCUGCGGUUCGGACCUCAGCUUCCUGACGAGCUCUCUGAUCGCUGGCAAUGGACUGACCACCACCACACCAACCCUCUGGACGGUACCAAGCAGGAGACAAACGAGCCCGGAUACAACUACAUGUACUUCGUGAAGGUGGUGUCGACCUCUUACCUCCCCCUGGGCUGGGAUCCGCUCAUCGAAACCCACCAAUACUCUGUGACCUCGCACAAGCGCUCGCUGAUGGGCGGAGACGCCUCCGACGAGGGCCACAAGGAGCGUCUGCACGCUGCCAACGGCAUUCCAGGCGUCUUCGUCAACUACGACAUCUCCCCCAUGAAAGUCAUCAACCGCGAGGCCCGUCCCAAGACCUUCACUGGUUUCUUGACUGGGGUGUGCGCCAUCAUCGGUGGUACCCUGACCGUCGCGGCAGCCCUAGACCGUGGUCUCUACGAGGGUGUCAGUAGGAUGAAGAAGCUCCACUCGAACUGA